CCUGCAUUUAAAUUUGCAUUGUCUGGCAACACGGCAUAUUUUUUGUUGUUUUGAGAUUUUCUUGUAUUUUUUUCCAAACAUUUAAAAAAUGUCAACAAAUAAAGGACGCACAUUGUUAAAAAGUUCUAUGAUUAAAGAUGAACUGCAGGAUGAUGGUUUGUUGUCACUAGAAAAACUAGAUCGUGCUUCACCAGACUUGUGGCCAGAAAAAAUACCGGGGAUUACGGAUUUUAUAGCUAUGAGUGAUACACCAAUUCGGACACCAGCCCCUGAGUGGUCACGAGGACUGUCUCAAGAGGAUAUGUCAGCUAUGUUAGAAUUAAGUUCUUUGAAACCGGAUGAGUUAAUAAUGGAAAUCAAAAAGAUUUAUGAUGAAGCUUAUCAAUUGGGUGUUAGCGAAGCGAAAGAAAUGACACGGGGAAAAUAUUUAGGCAUAUUUAAUAAUGCUAAGAAAAAGACUGUUUAAAAUAUAAAACAUAGUAAUACCUAUAAACAAAUAAAAACAUUUUAUUGAUAAAACAAUGA